UUUGAGCAGCUUGUCAAUGUCAAUUCGAUUUUCGGUAGGAAAUUCUGAGGAAAGAAGUAUUAACUAAUUCCCUUAUUAAGUUAAUGCGAUAUAAAAACAACAAUGCUUAUUAAUUUGCAAAGCGUUCGCCAAUAUUUAAGUGAGCUUCGAAAUUCAGGAGGAUUACAUAAAGACCAAGCCGAAAAAUAUCGUAAUGUAUUAAUGGAAAUUCUUAAAAACACGGAAGGAGAACUGGCUGAAUGCUUAAAAGUAUUUGUGGAAGCAAUCGUAAAUGAAAAUGUUAGCUUAGUGAUAUCAAGACAGCUCCUGACAGAUGUUAGUACACAUUUAGCACUGCUGCCCGAUAAUGUCUCACAAGAGGUGUCACACUUCUCAUUGGAUGUGAUUCAGCCAAGAGUAAUAUCUUUUGAAGAACAGGUGGCGAGUAUUAGACAGCAUCUAGCAGAUAUUUAUGAACGAAACCAAAAUUGGAAAGAAGCGGCAAAUGUUCUUGUUGGUAUUCCAUUGGAGACUGGACAAAAACAAUAUUCUGUAGACUACAAGCUGGAGACAUAUUUAAAGAUAGCUCGCCUCUACUUAGAAGUUGAUGAUCCUGUGCAGGCUGAAGCAUUCGUUAACAGGGCAUCCUUGUUACAAGCAGAGACAACAAAUGAACAGUUACAAAUAUAUUACAAAGUCUGUUAUGCCAGAGUGUUAGAUUAUAGGAGGAAAUUCAUAGAAGCAGCACAGAGGUACAAUGAGUUAUCAUACCGUAAUAUCAUACACGAAGAUGAAAGAAUGACAUGUCUCCGGAAUGCACUUAUUUGCACGGUUCUUGCUUCUGCGGGGCAGCAAAGGUCUAGAAUGUUAGCAACACUGUUCAAGGAUGAGCGCUGUCAGCAACUACCAGCUUACUCAAUACUGGAAAAGAUGUAUUUGGAUCGCAUCAUUCGCCGUUCUGAACUACAUGAGUUUGAAGCAUUAAUGCAGACUCAUCAGAAGGCGACGACGUCGGACGGGUCGACGAUCCUCGACCGCGCGGUGUUCGAGCACAACCUGCUGUCGGCCAGCAAGCUGUACAACAACAUCACGUUCGAGGAGCUCGGCGCGCUGCUGGAGACGCCGCCCGCGCGCGCCGAGCGCAUCGCGUCGCACAUGAUCAGCGAGGCGCGCAUGAACGGCUACAUCGACCAGAUCAGCGCCGUCGUGCACUUCGAGACACGUGAGAUCUUACCCCAGUGGGACAAGCAAAUUCAAAGUCUGUGCUAUCAAGUUAACAGCUUAAUUGAAAAGAUAGCCGCCGCUGAACCUGAAUGGAUGGCAAAGCUCAUGGAAGAAGAAAUGAUUCAGUAAAAAACAUAAUCUGUGUAUUUCUGUAUAUUAUCUUAAAUAAAUUACUUUAGCUUUUUUUAAUU